CAAAUUUUGUUUGCAAAGUGUAAAGUUGUGUUGUCGCAGCGAAAAAAUAAGCUGGAAACGUUAUUUGGAGAAAUAAUAGAAGAAAAAAAAGUUUAAUUCCAUUUGUGCUUUUACGGGUUUCUUUCUAGAAAUUGAAUAAAAUUGAAGUAAACCAGUAUUUUUUUGUUUUAAUAAAUUGAAAAAAUAAGUUUGACAAAGAAAUUUGACAUUUCUAUAUUAGUUUGGAAAUUAACAUUUAAUGUUACAAAAAAAUUUCCUGUGUAAAAAUUAAAGAAAAAAUUUUAAAAAAAAAUUAUAAAAAUUGCAUUCUAAUUGAUAGAAAACAAUUGCACGAGAGAAAAAGUUUGAACAUACUUUUUCUCUCAAUUGCAAAAUAAAAAAAAGUGUUAAAAUAAAUUGCAAAAAUCAGAGAAGUACUGAAAAUUAUAUCCUAUUAAAAAAUAUUUUAAACAAUUUCCUUCCAAUUUAUAAAAAAACAGCAAUCUUUAUGUGUUGAAAAUUUACUGCAAGGAAAAAAAACAAAAAUUAUGCAAAAGCACUAAAACAAGAUCUUUGGAGCAGCAAAUCAAAAAUUCUUCCGAAGUGGAUUCGUAACUUUUAAAGGACAAAAAGGUUUUGGAGCGUGUAAAACCCACAUUUUUACCGGUUUCCACCUUUAAGCGUAUUUAACUACAAGUGUGUAGCUUUGUUUUACUACAAAAGCACCUGCAUUAAAGUACAACUAGGUGAAAAAAAGUGUUUUCUGCUUAUCUACCUGACUAAUUUACAAGUGAUAUCAACAAAACCUAUAUUUUCCAUCCGAUAAAAUGGAGGUAGAAACUAUUAAUCAUAACGGCAAUGCCACCGAUUCUCGUGAAAGUUCUGUUGAACGUGAGCUUAAUGACGAAGUUAAAGCUGUUGAGUUGAAUGGCUCCUCUGGUUCACCGAAAGGCGUAAACGGUCAUAUAAAAAAACCAUUACCAGUUGGUGAUGGUCAUGAUCGCAUUAAACGUAAAGCUAAACGUUUAAUACACAGGCAAAACAGUCGUGAAAGUAAUGGGUUAGCCGGAGCAGCUGUACCAAAUGGUAGUGCAGCUAAUUAUAUUGUGCCACAUCGUCGUUGGAAGAAUAGUCGUCGUUCACGUAAUGGUUAUGGUCGUGGUCUGCCAAAAAAAGGUGGUGCCGGUCGUAAAGGUGUUUGGGGUCUUCCAGGUUCUGAAGCAUUUGAAGAAGUGUACGAAGAUGAGCACGAUCCAAAUUACGAUAGUGAAACCAAUGAUCGUAAUAUUGAGUUACGAGAAGUAAUACCAGAAAUAACGCCUGAAGAGUUCUUUAAAUUGGCUGAACCAAUUAUUUUGGAGUAUUAUGAGCAUGGUGAUGCGCAUGAAGUUGCCAUGAGUUUGGAUGAAAUAUUGACUGGGCCUUUAAGGCCAUACGUAACAAGUGUUGUGGUAGAGAUCUCAAUGGAUCAUAAAGAUUCUCAACGUGAAAUGACGUCUGUAUUAAUAUCUGAUUUAUAUGGACGUGUGAUUACAGGUAAAGAUAUCGAAAAAGGUUUCGAAAUCUUGUUAGGCAAUUUGCCAGAUUUAACAUUGGACACACCGGAAGCACCAACAAUAAGUGGCAAUUUUUUGGCCCGUGCUGUUGCUGAUGAUUGCAUACCACCAAAAUUCGUUGUAGACCCAAAGAAGUAUGAGGAGCAAAAUGAAUAUGCUCAAAUAGCUCUUCGUCGUGCUGACACCCUACUGCACAUGAAGCAGGGUUGGGCACAUUUGGAUAAUGUUUGGGGUAUGGGUGGUCCAUUGCGGCCAGUAAAUACUAUUACAAAGCAAAUGGGUUUGCUUUUAAGAGAAUACAUGUCAUCACGUGAUGUGCAGGAGGCGCAUCGUUGUUUAAGGGCUCUUGAGGUGCCACAUUUCCAUCAUGAAUUAGUUUAUGAGGGAGUUGUCUUGACUCUCGAAUCGUUGAGUCAGACUAACGAAGAAGCAAUGUGUGAACUUUUAAAGUCAUUGGAUCAAGCUUGCUUAGUAUUGCCAGCUGGCAUGGAACAAGGCUUCUUGCGUGUUUUUGAUGAUAUGGCAGAUAUAGUUCUGGAUGUGCCACUCGCUUAUAUCAUUUUGGACCGUUUUGUUGAGCGUUGUAAUCGCGCUGGAUUUUUAACUGAUAAGAUUUUGAAUAAUAUGCCCUCUCGAGGACGUAAACGUUUUGUCUCCGAAGGAGACGGUGGCCAUAUUAAGCCACCAACUAUUCCAAUUCGUGACUAAAGUCGAAAAAAUUGCAUAAAUUAUGCAACAACAAAUAACAUUUUGACAACAAUGAAUUAAGAUAAAAUUAUAUAUAAAAAAAAAAAUUAAACAAAAAAAAACUAAAAUGUAUCAAAAUUAACAAACAAAAUGAAAACAUAAAAAAAGAAUCACGAAAAGGAAAUUGCAGAAUUUGAUCUCUAGUUCUUUUCUUCUUGUUUG